GGUAGGAGUGUGUGGGACUCUGUGGUAAAUCUGUACUGUCUUUUUUUAGCUUGUAAGCAGGAGUUAAUCAGCCGGAUCCGCUGUAACCUAGAUCUGAGUUUGAUGCGGGUUAUUUGAUCAGAUCACGUGUAAAAGCUGCUGCUGCUGCAGCUGCAGUGAAACAGUGUCCCUGUGCUGAAGCUGAUCAUCAUCCAGCAGCCAACGCUGCAGAAAUCCUGCUGACUCUUUUAUCGCCUCGUUUGGGGGGAUAAAAACGUUAGAUGUUGGUACAGAUGUCUCUGCUGGAAGACAUCGUUGAUUUGCUGAGAUAUGUCUUUGAAUAUUUUGGAGUGCCCACUGAUAUGCUGACUCCAGUCUGGGAGACAACUUUGUGUGGACAGUAUCGCAGCAUCGUCCGCAUGAUUGGGACAAACCUACCUCUGGCUCCCUACCCACGGGUGCAUUUUCAGAUUCCUCUGCAGACGUUCAGGAGACAUGGCCACAUUAAUGUUUCAGUGGAUGCUCCUGGAAUUCCAUCCCUGGCAGAUGUGUUAUAUGUUGCAGAGGAUGAAGGAGACAGCUACACUAAGUUCAGGAGUGCUGUCCCACUGAGUAAAUACGAAUGGCCUCAGAGGAUGGAACGACCAGCUGAAGCAGCCCAGAGCCUCCCUAACGCAUCCCUACGCAGAGCACCUGCACAGAGUGCACAGCCUGAGGCCCUGCAGAAGAUUUCAGCACUGGAGGCGGAGCUUAAUAAACUCCGAGCUCAGAUAGCAAUGAUAGUCGCUGUUCCAACAGCUGACAGUAUUCUCCUGAGUGCUCCAGCCACACCCUGUUCCACUCCUUUACCAGCUCCUGUCCUUACCUCCACACCUCUUUGCGCUCCUCCUCCUCCGCCACCACCACCGCCACCUCCUCCACCUCCUCCUCCCGGUGUGGCUAGCUCUCCACAUGUUUCAGUGUCUGAGGUGAUCAGACAGAGGCAGGCAGCCAAGAAAGACAAAGCUGGACCUUCAGAGUGCACGACAUCGUCCUCUGUACCGUCCAUGCUGGACGUUUUGAAGGACAUCAAUAAGGUCAAGCUUCGUUCUGUGGAGAGAUCUCCUGGUGGGACCCCGGUGAGGAAGAGAAGGAGUAAGGGGGGUCCUGCAUCUUUAUCAGACCCUGCAGCGCUCAUUGCUGAAGCUCUGAAGAGGAAAUUUGCACACAAGCAGCGUGAAAACUCCUUUGAUAAGGAGAAUCACUCGGCUGAGCUGUCGCCUUUCAGCAGCCCGGACACACCCAGAACUUUCAGCUCCAACCCAGAUAGAAUCUUUGGGGCAGGUGAAACAUGAAGCACAUGGAGCAGAUAGGACACUCAGACUUGAUCUGGUUUCACAUCCCAUAAGACGCGGUCAGGGGCGAAUUCACCUGUGACCCUCAACCCACAGUUCAGGCAGGAAGUCUGUGACGGAGAUGAGUCUACUGAUUCGCCUUUGAAGAUGUUCUCGCUCUCGCUUUCUUUCAGGUUCCUCUCGGUCUUACAGUACUUUUUCUCUCUGUGAACAGACAGAGGAGUGAUUUUUAUAUCCGGCUUUUAAGAUUUCAGCUUUGGAUCAGUUUGUUUUUUUGUACAGUAAUGCAGUUCUUACACUGGCAGUCUUGUUGUUCAGUCCGUUGGGAGGGAAUGUUUAAUGUUAAUGUGAAAGGCGAUGAAAGAAUGAUAAUGUGUGUGUUUGUGUAUAUAUGAACUAAUGCUGCGCUUAUCACGAAGCAAUACACUCGGAUGGACCUCUGGUACGCAAUGUCUUUGAUCUUUUGUCCUUUUUUUGUCCUUUUUUAUGUCUCUUUUUUGUGUAUAAACGCAUUUGCACUGCUAUGUUUUUUUAAUUCUGUCAUGAAGCCAAUCACAGAAACGCUCCAUGUUUGAUAUGUACAUAUUCAUGUAACUCAUUCACGAAUGCAUGAUUUAUUAAACAGCUUUUAAAGCAGUGGUUCAGUCAAAGAAACAAAUGUAUAAAAUGUUUACCUUAAAGAAAAUGUUUAUUCAAGCUGUGAGGAUAAUGUAGCUAAUGACUAAUGGAAAUGGGCAUAUGUAGAAUAGUUUAAAUGCAGCGUAAUACCAGACUUUUUCUUUUGUUGUUUUGCUCCCCCUACAUUCAGGAAUCAGAAUUCUUUAAUUUGAUGAAUUUCUGUCUUUCUGCUGGAUACAAAAUUUCACUGAAUGCGACAGAAGCAUGUAGGCUGUGGUAGUAGGGUAAUAUUACAGGAUUUUAUGCAAAUAUGACUCAGGUUACACAGCAGCAUAGCGCAGUUCUCACAAGCUUUCUUCUGCCCAGAGCUUUACCAGAGAUACAUAGUGCAGCAUAGUGUAGCAGCACACUGAGCUCAGAGCAAAAUUCUUCCUAUUAUAGCCUCACAAUAUAGCAUCACAAUGAUUUUAAAGCUGUUAUUUUUAAGGUAGUUUUUUUAACAGUAGUUGCUUUAACGCUUUAAAACGCAACUUGAAGCACAUGUCUAAUAGCUUAGGCAUGCAAUUUGAUCCAUGCAAACUAGUCACUGUAAAAUUCCAUUAUUUAUAAGCAUUGCAGUCCCACAGCAAAACUGAAGAACCACACAUCGGACACCAAAAAUGUCUUAGUUAAUUAAAUACAUUACGACAGGGAUGGUAAUGCUGGUUCUGCACAGCCAGAUACCUACAGUUUAGUGAUCUUUUAGAAGCUAAUUAUCAGGUUUAGGAAAUUUGCCAUAACAGGGGAAAUGCUGCACCCUGCAGUUCCACUCCCCUGAUUUAGGAUGUCGGACAGUGUAUGUUUUUUAAUGAUUGGCUAUUAAACGGCUGGUGUGUGUGUCUGUGUGUGAAGGGCUGUCUUAUAAAUUCUAUCAUCUAAUUAUCGUACAUUAUAUGAAUCUAUCCUUUGACUUCACUUGAAUAUUGAUACUGAGUUUAAAAAGCAGUGAUUUAUUUAUGUAUGUAUGUAUAUUGUGUUUAUAUUAGUUUUAUAUUCCAAUUCCAAUAUUCCUAUCACCCAAUAUUCUUGAUAAUUAAAUGUUCAGUGCUCUUUAAUGUAUAAAUGCAACAUUAGGCUAUAGUAUUCAAUAUUAGCAUUGUAACAGAUGCGUAACCACAUUGUCCACAGAAUCUCAGUCUGUCACAGUAAUUAAGUUAUUGACUGAUCUUGGCAUGACCUUUGACCUCAAUAUUGCCCAUUGUGUUUACGUUGAAAAAGAGGCCUUUAACAUUAUAGUGAGUCGAUGUGUCAACUUGGUUUAAAAACCGUGUUUUUAUUUUAUUUCAGUUUUUUAUAUAUAUAUAUAUAUAUAUAUAUAUAGGAUAUUUAAUGAUUUUUAAUGUUCCAAUUCCAAUAUAUUAUCAAUAUAUCAAAAUUGUCUCAACAUUACAGUAAGAUUAAAAUGUCAAUUGCAAUUCUGUCUGGGACAAUAUAUUGCCAAAAAAAAGGAUUGUGUGACAUGCCUGUGUGUGUGUGUGUGUGUGUGUAUGUAUGUAUGAUGUAUGUAUGUAUGUUAAAUGUGGAGGCACUGAUUUGAUGUGACUGUUCUCAGCAAAUUGUGUAGCAAAACAAGUCAGGAAAACCGUUCCUGCUGUCUCAAUCCAUCCAUUCCAUCAUCUGUCCGUCUAUCCUGUGCUUUGCUUUAGCUUUGAUGUGGAGACGUUUAAAACUAUUUUUUUUUAUUAACACAGGAUAAACAUUGCAUUUUCUUCCUUAUAAUUAACUAACCUCAAUGCAUCUUAAGUCUGCUCAUCACUUCAGCAUGUGUUUCCAAUAAAAAAUGGGCUAAUCUGUACUAGCAAUGCAACAGACAGCUGAAUGAUCACAUGUCUACAGGACAAUAAAUAAAUUAAACUUUACUUUUAAACA